AACGUUAUUGUAAAUCUUUUGCAACAAUGGCUUCAUUUCCAAAAUCCCUUACAAACCCUACCUUUGUUGUUGUUUUCAUGGUCAUAUUUUUAUGUUAUACACCACUUGUAUUGGCUCAAUGUGAAGCUGAGUCCAAAAAUGGAUGCCAUGACAAGGAAGAAGCCAUGAAGCUAAAAAUCAUUGCCUUUGUUGUAAUUUUGCUAGCUAGUAUGAUUGGUGUGAGCUUGCCAUUGUUUUCUCGUCGAAUGCCGUCACUCGGACCCGAUAGGGACUUGUUCACCAUCGUCAAAGCAUUUGCUUCGGGUGUUAUCCUAGCGACUGGGUACAUGCACGUCUUACCAGACUCGUUUGAUGACUUGAUGUCCGAUUGUUUGCCUGAAAACCCAUGGAGGAAGUUCCCAUUCACGACAUUCGUGGCGAUGUUGUCGGCUAUUGUGACGCUUAUGGUGGAUUCGUUUGCCAUGAGCGUUUAUAGGAAACAUCAUGCUAAGGCUUUGAUGGCGGGGGAGGGUACGGAUGUCGCUAGAUUGGAGAAUGGGGAUGUACAGAGAGAGAACCAUGGACAUGAACAUCACGGUGUGAUGAAUCAAAAAUCACAACUGUUACGACAUCGGGUUAUUGCUCAGGUGUUGGAGUUGGGAAUUAUAGUUCAUUCAGUGGUGAUUGGUCUUGCAAUGGGAGCUUCUGAAAAUCCAUGUAUCAUUAGGUCACUCAUCGCUGCUCUUUGCUUCCACCAAAUGUUUGAGGGAAUGGGUCUUGGUGGAUGCAUACUACAGGCUGAGUACAAGUUCAAACUGAAAGCAAUCAUGGUACUCUUCUUUUCAGCCACAACACCACUAGGGAUUGUUCUAGGGAUUGGAUUGUCCAAGGUUUACAGUGAGACAAGCCCAACAUCACUCAUUGUGGUGGGACUACUUAACGCUAGCUCAGCAGGGUUACUCAAUUACAUGGCUCUGGUCGAUCUACUAGCAGCUGAUUUUCUAGGACCUAAGCUUCAAACCAAUAUGAAGCUCCAAAUUUGGUCAUAUGUUGCAGUUUUGCUGGGUGCUGGAUUUAUGUCUCUUAUGGCAAAAUGGGCCUAGUGAUUUUUCUAACAUGUAUAUAUGUAUUUUUUUAGUUUUUCUAAGAGUUUUUAUUUUUAUUUUUUAUGGGAUUUUAUUUGGAUAUUUUAUUGAAAGUCUCAUUAUUAUGUGAAAUAUAUAUAUAUAUUUUUGAACAUUAAUUGUUAUUAUAUUUGUU